CAGUCCAGGCCUCCAGGCUUCAUCCGGGUGUCGGCAGUAACUCAUCCUGGUAGUCCGCUGACUGAACUUUGCAGUUGCAGCGGAGGAUCCAAACCAGCAGCGCCGUAGCUCCUGCAGUCAAACCUGCAGGUCUGCAAACCGCUAUCAGCCGCUGGGCGAAGCUCACAAGGUGCAGUUUCCAUGCCUCUGAUUGUGUUCCUGUGUGGUCGUAUGCGUCGCCAUGAAGCACCAGUCUAUUUCCCGCUGGCUGAGCCAACUUGGGCUGCCGCAGUACUGCAUGCUGUUGGAACAGGAAUAUGAUGGUGUAGAGGAUCUGCUCCACCUGUCAGAAUACGACCUGCUGGAGCUGGGCGUCCACAACCACCUCCACCGCCUACACCUGCUGACUUCCCUGCACCUCCUGCACGAGCGAGAGAGGAGGAGAGAGUUGAGGUUGAUGGCUGAGGGGCGUUUUGCCAGUCUGCCCCGGUCGCUACAUGCACAUCAUCACGCCAUGGGAGGAGGCUCCGCCCACUCCGGAGGCCCCGGCUCCGCCCACGGCGUCUCCCCCAGAAAACUCAACAUCCCCAUGGACCUCCACGGCUCCAACCCCUGCAUCCCUUCAGGUCAGGAGACUCCCGCUGCAGCCUACCAGUCGGUCUCGCUGCACGGGACGCUGCCUCGUCGCAGGAGAGGCGGAGCCAACGUCGGCCUCAGCAGCCACGCAUGGAACCCGAAGACCAAUCAGACGCAGCCGCUGCUUUCCGGGAACGCAUCAGCGCCUGCAGGGCUCGUCCUGCAGCCGGCCGCGUCUUCGCUGGGUCAGAAUCUCAGCGAUGACUUCAAGAGCUGCAGGUAAACAAGCAGAAACAUAUGACCGUGUUUUCAUGGUUUCAUAUUUUCAACCUCAGGCUGUGAUUUUCGAAACGCACAUUGAAGAUGGAGAAUCGAACUCAUUCAUCUGGUUUUACUCAGUUCUUUCUAGUUUGAUGAUUUAGACAGAAUGUUCCCACAUGGGAUCACUUCAGGCGAUAAUAACAU